AUGGCAACCUGCCCGGUGCUACAGAAGGACAGUCUGUUCCAUUUGGGAUCUCACGCCUAUAGGAUCCCAGCUCUGCUCUUCCUGCCCAAGUGCAGUACGCUGCUGGCCUUCGCCGAGAAGCGGAAGAGCAAGAGUGAUGAGCAAGCUGAUACCAUCGUGAUGCGCCAGGGACAGCUGGAUGCAUCCGGCCAUGUCCAGUGGCAGGAUCAGGAGAUAGUGUCAGCGGCACAUCUCCAGGACCACCGGUCCAUGAACCCCUGCCCCCUGUAUGAUGAAGACACAGACACACUGCUCCUCUUCUUCAUAGCAAUCCCAGGGCAGGUGUCUGAGCGUCACCAGCUGCAGACCAGAGUGAAUGUGACACGCCUCUGCCUCGUCACCAGCGGGGACCGUGGCAAGACCUGGAGUAAUGCCCGAGACCUCACGAGCUCUGUGCUUGGCCAGGCACACCAGGAAUGGGCCACCUUCGCUGUGGGCCCAGGCCACUGCCUGCAGCUGUCUGAUUCUGCACAUAGCCUGGUGGUGCCCGCCUAUGCCUACCGUAACCUGAAUGCCCAGGAGCAGCCCUCACCCUGGGCCUUCUGUCUCCUCAGCCAUGACCAUGGCCAAACAUGGCAGAUGGGUGAUUUCGUGGCUUCCAAUACACUAGAGUGCCAGGUGGCUGAGGUGGAGCAGAAGGGCAAGAGGCUGCUCUACCUCAAUGCCCGGAGCACUAAGGGUGCCCGAGUGCAGGCCCUGAGCCCCAGUGAUGGGCAGGUCUUCCAGCAGGUCGAGGCUGUGAAGGCACUGGUGGAGCCCCCCUAUGGCUGCCACGGUAGUGUCCUCUCCUUUCACAUAGGGUCCAACACCACUGAUUACUGGCUGCUUUACACGCACCCUACUGACCCCAAGCAGAGGACCAACUUGGGGAUAUAUCUCAACAAGUCGGCCUCCUCACCUGCAGACUGGGUGGGGCCUAGGCUGCUGGCCACUGGUAGCUGUGCCUACUCAGAUCUGCAGCACCUGGGGCUUGCACCUGAUGGCUCUCCUCUGAUAGGCUGCUUAUAUGAGUCAAAUAAUUAUGACGAUAUAGUCUUCAUCCUGUUCAGUCUGAAGCAGGCUUUCCCUGAGGAAUUCCCACUGCCCUGAGCCAGCA